CCAGGUGGACGGGUAAAAUGUCAGUAUAUUUCUGCUGUGGAUAAAGUGAUCUUUGUGGAUGAUUAUGCAGUAGGAUGUAGGAAAGAUCUCAAUGGCAUCUUACUAUUAGACACAGCUCUGCAAACGCCUGUUUCAAAACAAGAUGACGUGGUUCAGCUUGAAUUGCCAGUUACAGAGGCUCAGCAGCUGUUAUCUGCUUGCAUAGAAAAAGUAGAUGUUUCUAGCACAGAGGGAUAUGACUUAUUCAUCACACAACUGAAGGAUGGUUUAAAAAAUACCUCACAUGAAACAGCAGCAAAUCAUAAAGUUGCAAAGUGGGCAACGGUUACGUUCCACCUUCCUCAUCAUGUCUUGAAGUCUGUCGCCAGUGCCAUUGUAAAUGAACUCAAGAAGAUAAAUCAAAAUAUUGCUGCCUUACCUGUAGCAUCCUCUGUGAUGGAUAGGUUAUCUUACCUCUUGCCCAGCGCUCGACCAGAACUUGGUGUGGGACCCGGUCGAUCUGUGGACAGGUCAUUGAUGUAUAGUGAAGCUAACAGACGAGAGACAUUCACUUCAUGGCCUCAUGUGGGUUAUAGGUGGGCACAGCCAGAUCCUAUGGCUCAAGCUGGGUUCUAUCACCAGCCUGCUUCAUCAGGAGAUGACAGAGCCAUGUGUUUUACCUGUAGUGUGUGUUUGGUAUGUUGGGAGCCUACAGAUGAACCUUGGUCCGAGCAUGAGAGACAUUCCCCUAACUGCCCAUUUGUCAAGGGUGAGCACACUCAGAAUGUACCUCUUUCAGUCACACUGGCAACAAGUCCAGCACAAUUUCCCUGCACAGAUGGCACUGACAGAAUAGCCUGUUUUGGAUCUGGAAGUUGCCCUCAUUUUCUAGCUGCUGCAACAAAACGAGGAAAGAUCUGCAUAUGGGAUGUUUCCAAACUUAUGAAGGUCCACUUAAAAUUUGAGAUCAAUGCAUAUGAUCCAGCUAUUGUGCAGCAACUUAUGUUAUCAGGAGAACAGAGCUCAGGGGUUGACUCAAGGAGACCAACACUAGCAUGGCUAGAAGAUUCAUCUAGUUGCUCAGAUAUACCAAAAUUAGAAGGAGACAGUGAUGACCUGCUGGAGGAUUCAGACAGUGAAGAGCAUUCCAGAUCAGAAUCUGUGACGGGGCAUACAUCACAAAAAGAAACUAUGGAAGUCAGCCUUGAUAUAACAGCUCUUAGCAUCCUUCAACAACCUGAAAAACUUCAGUGGGAGAUUGUUGCAAAUGUCCUGGAAGACACGGUUAAGGAUCUAGAAGAACUUGGGGCAAACCCCUGUUUGGCCAACUGUAAGAGUGAAAAGAUGAAGGAAAAACAUCUAGAACAACACAACAUUCCCUUUCCUUGUUUAUUAGCUGGAGGUCUGUUAACAUACAAAUCACCUGCUACCUCUCCCGUUAGCAGUAACUCUCAGAGGUCACUGGAUGGCUUAAGUAGGACUCGAGGUGAGAGUGUCUCGGAACAGGGAUCAACUGACAAUGAAUCCUGCACCAAUUCUGAACUGAAUUCCCCUCUGGUAAGGAGGACUUUGCCUGUAUUGCUGCUAUACAGCAUUAAGGAGUCAGAUGAAAAAGCAGGAAAACUCUUUUCACAGAUGAACAAUAUUAUGAGUAAAAGUAUACAUGAUGAUGGUUUCACAGUUCCACAGAUCAUUGAAAUGGAGCUGGACAGUCAGGAACAGUUGCUGUUGCAGGAUCCCCCUGUGACUUAUAUUCAGCAGUUUGCAGAUGCUGCAGCCAACCUAGCUUCUCCGGACUCGGACAAGUGGAGCUCUAUGGUUCCCAAGCCUGGGACUUUGGUUCAAUGCCUGCGUCUGCCAAAGUUUGCAGAGGAGGAGAACCUGUGUGUAGAUUCAGUCACGCCUUGUGCAGAUGGAGUUCAUCUGUUAGUAGGACUGCGGACUUGUCCUGUCGAAUCUCUGAGUGCAAUAAAUCAAGUAGAGGCCUUGAAUAAUUUAAAUAAAUUAAACUCGGCACUAUGUAAUAGAAGGAAGGGGGAACUAGAAUCAAGUCUUGCUGUAGUGAAUGGCACGAGUAUUGAUGUAAUCCAGCAUGAGUCACCAGCAGAUGUACCAACUCCUUUAAUAAUUCAGCCUGAACAGAGAAGUGUUAGUGGUGGAUACUUAGUGCUUUAUAAGAUGAAUUAUGCUACUAGAAUAGUUACUCUAGAGGAGGAACCAGUAAAAAUCCAGCAUAUCAAAGACCCCCAAGACACAAUUACCUCAAUGAUUUUGCUCCCACCAGAUAUAUUGGAUAAUCGAGAAGAUGACUGUGAGGAGCCUGUAGAGGAAAUACAGUUAACUUCUAAAAAUGGCAGUGGGAGAGAGAGAAGAUCCGAGAUCUCUACUCUUGGGCACCUGGUAAUAACUACUCAGGGAGGAUAUGUAAAAAUACUAGAUCUUACGAACUUUGAAAUUCUGGCCAAAGUGGAGCCACCCAAAAAAGAGGGCACUGAGGAACCAGACAUGUUUGUCUCUGUGAUAUACUGUUCGGGCACAGACAGAUUAUGUGCAUGCACCAAAGGUGGAGAACUUCAUUUCCUUCAGAUUGGAGGAACCUGUGAUGACAUAGAUGAAGCUGAUAUACUUGUAGAUGGAUCCCUUUCCAAAAGUGUAGAACAGUCCUCAGAAGGCACCAAGCCCUUAUCUAAUCCUUCAAGUCCAGGCAUUACAGGUGUUGAUCUUUUGGUGGACCAGCCAUUUUCCCUUGAAACAUUGUCAUCCCUGGUGGAACUGACCCGUUUUGAGACCUUGACGCCACGGUUUUCAGCCACUGUCCCUCCCUGUUGGGUAGAAGUCCAGCAAGAGCAGCAGCAAAGGCGGCAUCCUCAGCACUUGCACCAGCAGCACCAUGGGGAUGCAGCUCAGCAUACUCGAACUUGGAAGCUCCAGACAGACAGCAACAGCUGGGAUGAGCAUGUCUUUGAACUUGUUCUACCAAAAGCCUGUAUGGUCGGACAUGUGGACUUCAAAUUUGUUUUGAAUUCAAACAUCACAAAUAUUCCCCAGAUUCAAGUGACUUUACUGAAAAAUAAAGCUCCAGGCUUAGGGAAAGUCAAUGAAGCAGCAGUAGACAGACAGAUCACAUUUCCUUUAUCUCCAGCUCAUAAUACUGAAGUGGAGAGAAAUGGAAAACCAGGACUGGUUGAAUUCAAUGAAGAAAUGCAGUAUAUGGAUGUAGAGGAACCACAAUGUCUUAGAUUGUGUCCAUUCCUGGAGGAACACAAGGAAGAUAUACUUUGUGGUCCAGUAUGGCUGGCUACUGGACUUGAUCUAUCAGGACAUGCUGGAAUGUUGACUCUAACAAGUCCAAAGCUUGUUAAAGGCAUGGCUGGUGGCAAGUACCGCUCAUUCUUAAUUCAUGUUAAAGCAGUGAAUGACAGAGGAACAGAAGAAAUCUGCAAUGGUGGUAUUAGACCAGUUGUUAGAAUACCACCUCUCAAACCUCAAACUAACAAGGGCCAUUCCCUUGCUUCAUUGUUGGCAAAAGUUGCAGCAGGCAAGGAAAAGCCAUCUAGCAAAAUUGAAGCCACUAAUUCUUCAAGAAAAUCAGACAAUCUGAGAGGUUGUGACUUACUUCAAGAAGUAUCUGUAACAAUUCGAAGAUUUAAAAAAACUUACAUGUCAAAAGAAAGAGUUCAACGGUGUGCCAUGUUACAGUUUUCAGAGUUCCAUGAGAAGCUGCUCACCACUCUUUGUAAGAAGACAGAUGAUGGUCUGACUACAGAACAUGCUCAGAGUCUUGUACUAGACACGCUUUGUUGGCUGGCUGGAGUGUAUUCAAAUGGACCUGGCAGCUCAAAGGAAGGAAAUGAUAGCUUGCUUUCUAAAACACGUAAAUGUGUCUCUGAUGUAAUACGUGUUUGCUUCUUUGAAGCUGGGCGGAGCAUAGCUCACAAAUGUGCACGAUUUCUUGCACUAUGCAUCAGCAAUGGCAGGGCUGACCCAAGUCAGCAGGGGGUUGGAUCAGUUCUUCUGAAAGCUUUACUUGACAAUAUGCCUCUUUUGCCUGCUGCUGCAACAGGCGGAUCUGUGUAUUGGUAUUUUGUCUUGCUGAAUUAUGUAAAGGAUGAAGAUUUGGCAGGAUGCAGUACAGCCUGUGCAUCAUUGCUAACUGCAGUGUCCCGACAGUUACAGGAUCGCCUAACACCUAUGGAAGCAUUACUUCAAACAAGAUAUGGAUUAUAUAGUUCGCCUUUUGAUCCGGUUCUGUUUGAUUUGGAAAUAAGUGGCUCUUCUUGUAAAAAUGUAUACAACAGCAGCAUUGGAGUACAGUCAGAUGAAAUUGAUUUAUCUGAUGUUCUAUCAGGAAAUGGGAAAAUAAGUAGUUGUGCAGCUGCCGAAGGUAGUUUUACUUCCCUGACUGGACUUCUGGAAGUUGAACCUCUGCACUUCACCUGUGUUUCAACAAGUGAUGGAACUAGAAUAGAAAGGGACGAUGCAAGUACGUUUACUGUGAGUACCUUUGGGGUUACCCCAGCAGUUGGUGGCCUCUCUUCUGGAACAGUUGGGGAAGCCUCGACAGCACUGAGUUCCGCAGCCCAGGUAGCUUUGCAGUCUCUCUCUCAUGCAAUGGCCUCAGCCGAGCAACAGCUCCAGGUGCUGCAAGAGAAACAGCAGCAGCUUUUGAAGCUUCAGCAACAGAAAGCUAAGCUGGAAGCAAAACUGCAUCAGACAACAGCAGCAGCGGCAGCAGCAGCAUCAGCAGUUGGUCCUGUUCACAACUCUGUGCCUUCUAAUCCAGUAGCAGCCCCAGGGUUCUUCAUCCAUCCUUCAGAUGUCAUUCCACCCACACCAAAAACAACUCCCCUAUUCAUGACUCCACCUUUGACUCCACCUAACGAGGCAGUUUCUGCUGUUAUUAAUGCAGAACUUGCUCAGCUUUUCCCUGGUUCAGUCAUCGAUCCCCCAACAGUUAACCUUGCAGCACAUAACAAAAAUACAAGCAAGUCCAGAACGAAUCCACUCGGAUCUGGUCUUGCCCUUGCAAUAUCUCACGCUUCACAUUUUCUUCAGCCUCCACCUCAUCAGUCAAUUAUUAUAGAGCGAAUGCACUCAGGAGCAAGAAGGUUCGUGACCUUAGAUUUUGGAAGACCUAUACUGCUGACAGAUGUAUUGAUUCCCACUUGCGGAGAUUUGGCUUCUUUGUCAAUUGAUAUCUGGACUUUGGGAGAAGAAGUGGAUGGAAGGCGACUGGUAGUGGCUACUGACAUUAGCACGCAUUCACUUAUUCUACAUGACUUGUUACCACCCCCAGUUUGCAGGUUUAUGAAGAUCACUGUUAUUGGUCGAUAUGGUAGCACAAAUGCCAGAGCAAAAAUCCCAUUAGGAUUUUAUUAUGGCCAUACCUAUAUCUUACCCUUUGAAAAUGACUUGAAACUAAUGCACGACCCCCUCAGAGAAGGUGAAGCUGCAAAUCAACCAGAAAUUGACCAACAUUUGGCAAUGAUGAUUGCAUUGCAAGAAGACAUACAAUGCAGGUACAAUUUGGCCUGUCACCGGUUAGAAAUCCUUCUGCAGAGUAUUGACCUGCCACCACUCAAUAGUGCUAACAAUGCCCAAUACUUUUUACGAAAGCCAGAUAAGGCAGUAGAAGAAGAUAGCAGAGUAUUUUCUGCUUACCAGGACUGCAUUCAGCUACAGCUUCAACUCAACUUGGCUCACCAUGCUGUUCAGAGGCUCAAAGUAGCUUUAGGCGCAAGCAGGAAAACACUGAAAGAGCAAUCUGAUCCAAAAGAGUUGAUUCAGAUGUCAUCUACAGAACAGUUACGCACCAUCAUUAGAUAUUUACUGGAUACCUUGCUUAGUUUGCUUCACUCUUCCAACGGGCACUCUGUUCCUGUGGUUUUGCAAAGUACUUUCCAUGCUCAAGCUUGUGAAGAAUUAUUUAAACACCUAUGUAUCAGUGGAACCCCAAAGAUACGAUUGCAUACUGGCCUUCUGCUUGUUCAGCUCUGCGGAGGAGAAAGAUGGUGGGGUCAGUUUCUUUCAAAUGUACUGCAAGAAUUAUACAAUUCAGAGCAACUUCUCAUAUUCCCACAAGACAGGGUCUUCAUGUUGCUUUCUUGCAUUGGCCAAAGAUCACUUAGCAACAGUGGUGUUUUAGAAAGUUUACUUAAUCUCCUGGAUAACCUGCUGUCACCACUGCAACCUCAUUUGCCUGUGCACAGAAGAACUGAAGGAGUUUUAGACAUUCCCAUGAUCAGCUGGGUUGUAAUGCUGGUGUCCAGACUACUGGAUUAUGUAGCUACUGUUGAAGAUGAAGCAGCCACAGCCAAGAAACCUCUGAAUGGAAAAGAGAGGGAGCGAUUUUUGACAGGAAACCAGUGGAGUUUUAUAAAUAAUAGCCUUCACACUCAGAGUCUGAGCAGAUCUACUAAAGGCAACAGUAGCCUUGAUAGACUCUAUUCCCGAAAGAUCAGAAAACAGCUUGUGCAUCAUAAACAGCAACUUAACUUAUUAAAAGCAAAACAGAAGGCUUUGGUGGAACAGAUGGAAAAAGAGAAAAUACAAAGCAACAAAGGAUCAUCAUACAAACUUUUAGUAGAACAGGCAAAACUAAAGCAGGCUACUUCAAAGCACUUCAAGGACUUAAUACGCCUACGUCGGACUGCAGAAUGGCCUCGUUCUACUUUAGAUACAGAAGUAUCAACAACAAAGGAAACUCCAGAAAUUGAACCACUUCCAUUUACAUUGGCACAUGAACGUUGCAUUUCAGUAGUGCAGAAGCUGGCACUCUUUCUCUUGUCCAUGGACUUUACUUGUCAUGCAGAUUUACUUCUGUUUGUUUGUAAGGUUCUUGCUAGAAUUGCCAAUGCUACAAGACCAACAAUCCAUUUAUGCGAGAUUGUAAAUGAGACUCAGUUGGAAAGAUUAUUGCUGCUUCUUGUUGGAACUGACUUUAACAGAGGAGACAUCUCUUGGGGAGGAGCAUGGGCUCAGUAUUCUCUGACUUGUAUGCUGCAGGAUAUUCUAGCAGGAGAGUUGUUGGCGCCUAUAGCAGCUGAAGCUAUGGAAGAAAGUGCUUUGGGAGAAGAUGCUGGAGCUUCAGCUGGGGAUUCUGAUGACUCUCUCCAGCAGUCCACAGUUCAGUUAGUGGAGACAAUAGAUGAGCCUUUGACACAUGACAUCACAGGUGCUCCACCUCUGUCAUCUUUGGAAAAAGAUAAGGACAUUGAUCUUGAAUUACUGCAAGACCUGAUGGAAGUUGAUAUUGAUCCUUUGGAUAUUGAUUUAGAGAAAGAUCCUCUUGCAGCCAAAGUCUUUAAGCCUAUAAGCAGCACCUGGUACGAUUACUGGGGUGCCGAUUAUGGCACCUACAAUUACAAUCCUUACAUUGGAGGUGUUGGAAUUCCAGUUGCAAAACCGCCAGUAACUACAGAGAAAAAUGGAUCACAAACUGUGAGCGUAUCAGUCUCUCAAGCUUUAGAUGCACGUCUAGAAGUUGGACUUGAACAGCAGGCUGAGCUGAUGCUGAAAAUGAUGUCCACCCUGGAGGCUGAUUCCAUUCUACAAGCAUUAACAAACACAUCUCCUACAUUAACCCAGUCUCCUAGUGGAACAGAUGAUUCAUUGCUAAGAGGAUUACAUGCUGCUAACCAGAACACCCAGUUGAUUGUACAGUUGUCAUCUAUACCUAUGCUGAGUGCAUGCUUCAACAAACUCUUUUCCAUGCUACAAGUCCACCAUGUUCAGCUUGAGUCCCUUUUACAGUUAUGGCUCACAUUAAGCCUGAAUUCCAGCUCCUCUGGAAGUAAAGAUAGUGGCGCUGAUAUUUUCCUUUAUAACGCUAACAGAAUACCUGUCAUUUCCUUGAACCAAGCUUCAGUAACUAGCUUCCUGUCAGUUCUGGCAUGGUAUCCUAACACCUUACUCCGAACAUGGUGCCUUGUGCUUCAUAGCCUAACUCUCAUGACAAAUAUGCAGCUUAAUGCUGGUCCAAGCAGUGCCAUUGGAGCUCAGGAAAGUACUGCCCAAUUGUUGGUGUCAGAUCCAAACCUCAUUCAUGUGUUAGUGAAAUUUCUUUCUGGCACUAAUCCUCAUGGAACAAAUCAACACAGUCCACAGGUUGGGCCAACAGCGACGCAAGCUAUGCAAGAAUUUCUUACUCGAUUACAAGUGCACCUUUCUUCAACUUGCCCUCAGAUGUUCAGUGAAUUUUUAUUGAAAUUAAUCCAUAUACUUUCAACAGAAAGGGGUGCUUUCCAGACAGGCCAGGGACCCUUAGAUGCACAAGUGAAACUCCUGGAAUUUACCCUGGAACAGAAUUUUGAAGUUGUAUCAGUUAGCACUAUUUCUGCAGUAAUUGAGUCUAUAACCUUCCUCGUGCAUCAUUACAUUACAUGUUCGGACAAAGUGAUGUCUCGCAGCGGCUCAGACAGCUCCGUGGGUGCUCGAGCGUGUUUUGGAGGACUUUUUGCCAAUAUUAUCCGUCCAGGUGAUGCCAAAGCAGUUUGCGGAGAGAUGACAAGGGAUCAACUGAUGUUUGAUUUGUUAAAACUAGUCAACAUUUUAGUUCAACUGCCACUUUCCAGUAACCGAGAAUAUAGUGCCCGUGUUCCAGUAGCAAGCAGUACUACAGACAGUGUGUCUGAUGAAGAAAAAGUUUCAGGAGGCAAAGAUGGCAAUGGAAGCAACCCUAAUACUCAAGGAUCAACUGCAUAUGUGGCAGACUUGGUGUUAGCCAACCAACAAAUUAUGAGCCAGAUUUUGUCUGCACUUGGCCAGUGUAACAGCAGUGCUAUGGCAAUGAUUAUUGGUGCAAGUGGCUUACAUCUCACUAAACAUGAAAACUUUCAUGGUGGCUUAGAUGCAAUAUCAGUUGGAGAUGGGUUGUUCACUAUCCUGACAACACUUAGUAAAAAAGCAACAACAGUGCAAGUGAUGCUUCAGCCGAUUCUUACCUACAUGGCCUGUGGGUACAUGGGAAGACAGGGUUCUCUUGCCACUUGCCAGUUAUCUGAGCCACUGCUCUGGUUCAUUUUACGGGUGUUGGAUACAAGUGAGGCACUGAAGGCUUUCCAUGAUAUGGGUGGUGUUCAGCUUAUUUGCAACAACAUGGUAACGAGCACAAGAGCUAUUGUUAACACAGCAAGAAGUAUGGUUUCAACUAUUAUGAAAUUUCUUGAUUCUGGUCCCACCAAAGCAACAGAUAGCAGUUUGAAAGCUAGAGUGCUAGCUUCUGAGCCUGAUAAUGCAGAAGGAAUUCACAAUUUUGCACCCUUAGGUUCAAUCACCUCAAGCAGUCCCACUGCCCAGCCUGCCGAAGUGCUGUUACAGGCUACUCCUCCCCACAGAAGAGCUCGGUCUGCUGCGUGGUCAUACAUAUUCUUACCUGAGGAAGCUUGGUGUGACCUCACCAUUCACCUUCCUGCUGCUGUGCUGCUCAAGGAGAUCCACAUCCAGCCUCACCUGGCCUCUCUGGCAACUUGCCCUUCAUCAGUAUCUGUUGAAAUAAGUGCAGAUGGUGUCAAUAUGUUACCUUUGUCAACUCCUGUUAUCACAAGCGGUCUCACCUAUAUAAAAAUCCAGCUAGUAAAAGCUGAAGUUGCCUCAGCUGUCUGCCUUCGUCUCCAUCGUCCCCGGGAUGCCAGUACACUAGGCCUCUCUCAGAUCAAACUGUUAGGCCUCACGGCAUUUGGAAACACCUCAUCUGCAACUGUCAAUAAUCCAUUCCUUCCCUCUGAGGAUCAGGUCUCUAAAACAAGUAUUGGGUGGUUAAGAUUGUUACACCACUGCCUCACUCACAUAAGUGAUUUAGAAGGAAUGAUGGCUAGUGCUGCAGCACCCACAGCUAAUCUGUUGCAGACAUGUGCUGCUUUACUAAUGUCACCUUACUGUGGUAUGCAUUCUCCAAACAUCGAGGCUGUGCUUGUAAAAAUUGGGCUUCAGUCCACCAGAAUAGGCCUAAAAUUGAUCGACAUUCUUCUAAGAAACUGCUCAGCUUCAGGGAGUGAUCCUGCAGAUCUGAAUAGCCCUUUACUGUUUGGAAGAUUAAAUGGUCUCUCUUCUGACUCCACAAUAGACAUUCUUUAUCAGCUUGGAACAACUCAAGACCCUGGAACAAAAGAUAGAAUUCAAGCAUUGCUGAAAUGGGUCAGCGAUUCUGCGAGAGUUGCAGCUAUGAAAAAAAGUGGCCGGGUCAGCUACAUCUGUCCAAAUAGCUCAACAAAAGAGUAUGGUCUUUUGAUGCCAUCUCCUUCCCACUUGCAUUGUGUAGCAGCAAUUUUGUGGCAUAGUUAUGAAUUGCUUGUUGAAUACGAUUUACCAGCAUUGCUGGACAGAGAGCUCUUUGAGUCACUGUUUAACUGGUCCAUGUCUCUUCCCUGCAACAUGGUUUUGAAGAAAGCUGUUGAUAGUUUGCUUUGCUCAAUGUGCCACAUCCACCCAAAUUAUUUUUCCUUACUCAUGGGAUGGAUGGGUAUCACUCCUCCUCCAAUGCAGUGUCAACACAGACUGUCCAUGACUGAUGACAGCAAAAAGCAGGACCUUAGUUCAUCUUUAACAGAUGACUCUAAAAAUGCACAAGCCCCUCUUGCACUAACAGAGUCUCACCUGGCUACUCUUGCUGCCUCCUCUCAGUCUCCUGAAGCUAUCAAGCAAUUAUUGGACUCAGGUUUGCCUUCACUGCUUGUAAGAAGUCUUGCUAGUUUUUGCUUUAACCAUACUUCUAGCUCUGACUGCACUGCACAAUCAUUGGAUACUACCCAGGACAGGCUCAGGAGGCAUCAUGUUCCACAGCACUUUAAUAAAAUGCCUAUCACAGCAGACCUGGUUGCUCCUGUUCUCAGGUUUUUGACAGAAGUUGGCAACAGCCACAUGAUGAAGGAUUGGUUGGGUGGCUCUGAAGUCAAUCCAUUGUGGACAGCACUUUUAUUUCUGUUGUGCCAUUCUGGUGCUACUUCUGGAGGACACAAUGUGACAGCACAACAGACCAGUACAAGAUCUAGCUUACUUUCUUCAACGGUAACAGCAGGGUUGACCACUCAGCAGCGGACAGCAAUUGAAAAUGCAACAGUUGCUUUCUUCCUACAGUGCAUCUCUUGCCAUCCCAAUAACCAGAGACUUAUGGCACAGGUUCUUUGUGAAUUGUUCCAGUCCUCUCCUCAGCGUGGGAACCUCCCAACCUCUGGAAACAUUUCAGGAUUUAUUAGGAGGCUUUUUUUGCAGCUUAUGCUAGAGGAUGAAAAAGUGACUUUGUUUCUUCAAUCCCCGUGUCCACUGUACAAAGGUAGAAUAAAUGCUACUAGUCAUGUAAUUCAACAUCCAAUGUAUGGAGCUGGACACAAAUUUCGUACCCUUCACUUGCCUGUCUCAACAACUCUAGCAGAGGUUCUUGAUCGUGUGUCAGAUACACCCAGUAUUACAGCUAAGCUAAUUAAUGAACAGAAGGAAGAUAAAGAAAAAAAGAACUAUGAAGAGAAAGAAAAAGUUAAAGCAGAAAAUGGAUUUCAGGACAAUUAUAGCGUUGUCGUUGCUUCUGGUUUGAAAUCUCAGUCAAAAAGAGCCGUUUCAUCCACCCCUCCACGUCCACCAUCAAGGCGAGGAAGAGUGAUGGCAGAUAAAGUAGGUACCUCUUCCUCAGGAGGAGAAUCUUCCAGCAAGACUAUUAGUGUUCCAGUCUUUCAUCUAUACCAUAAACUUCUACCAGGCCAACCGUUACCAGCUGAAAUGACACUUGCCCAGCUUCUGACUCUGCUGUAUGACCGUAAACUCCCUCAAGGAUACCGAUCAAUAGAUUUGACAGUUAAGCUUGGCUCCAAAGUCAUCUCGGAUCCAAGCUUAUCAAAAACAGACUCAUUUAAACGUCUUCACACAGAAAAAGAGCAUGUGGAUUUACUGGGACCUUGCCCUGAAGAUGAAGCCAUCAGUCCUGGGGAUGAGUGUAUGGAUGCAGUUCUAGAUGAAUCGCUUCUUGAAACCUGUCCCAUUCAGUCUCCACUGCAAGUUUUUGCAGGAAUGGGUGGAUUGGCCCUUAUUGCAGAGAGACUCCCUAUGCUUUAUCCUGAUGUAAUUCAGCAA